AUGAAAGUGGAUAUGGAAAGUCAAGGUUAUCAAGUCUAUGACUGCACCGUUUUCCACUUCAUUGUGCCUGCAAGAAUCGAAAACCCCACAAAGCGACUAUUGCUUGUUCCAAUACAAGGGACUUCGAGUUUGACGCCAGCAGAAACUCUAUCACCAGCAUCAUACUGGGAUAUUAAAAAUGACGCCAGUCGGGUCCUCACGCCGGACCAAACGAGUGGUGCAGAUAUCAUGAUCAUUACGCUUCAAAAAGGCAAAUAA